AAUCGCAAUAGGCUGUGCGAGAGAAGCCGCGACUCACAGGGAAAGAUUGGUUUAUAUGCUCUGCUAAAGUUGUCUCCGACACUAGAUUUCGGUUCCUCUUUCUCUCUGUCGCUGGUCUAUUACAGUCCGCGGACUACAUGGCCCGCGGAGGAGGAAGACCACCACAACCAGCCCCCGAUCCGGCACCUUCCAGCGGCCAUUUCCUUCUUCAACUCCUGCAGAAGCAUCCUUCCUCAUCUCCUCCUUCCCCUUCCAAUUCCAUCUCUCCCCAUCAUCACGAUCCAGCCGUCGCUGCCGUGGGCCCUAGCCACCCCUUCCCCCCAUGGCCCACCGAUCCAUCCCCUCGCCCUGACCCCGCUCCGCCUCCUCUUUUCCCUCAAUCUCAUUUCCCUUUCCUCCCUCCACACGCCUUCUCUAACCUACCCUGGCCCCUCCCCUCUGGCUUCCCUCCACCGUCCAUCUCCCCCAUCAACGCCCUUGACUUCCCCAAUUCCCACUUCUCCGCCAACCCUCCCUUCUUCCCUGAUGCCCUCCAGCACCCCCCAGGGUUCCCGCCGCAGCAUCGCCCUGGCCCGCCGCAUCACCUUCUGCAUCAGGAUCGGAUCCCGGCCGUUGACAAGACGUUAACGUUUGGGUCCUUGAAAUGCGAGUUUCUGAACCAUGAUGGCUUGCCCAAUGGCAAUUCCGUCAGCUCGGGCGGUUCCAAGACCCAUACGAGGUACGGUUCCGAGCAGAGCAGCGGCGGCAGUAGCAGCAGCUCCAAAGGCUCAUCGGUUCAGGCCCCGGAACCAGUCCACUCUGGUCAUGAGAGAGGAAGAGGUGGUCCAGGGUUGAAGCAGCCCCGCGGCACGUUUCAGCGGGUGUCUGGUGAGCCAUGCAGGCCAAAGGGCCCUGGGCAGUGGGUUGCCAUGAAUGAAAGGCGGGAUGGGGAGCGUGGUUUGGAGAAGGCUGAUGAGCCGUUGCUGAGACAGCCGGUGAAGAAUCUCGUGCACUAUGGCAAUGUCUUGUCUAAGUUACCGCUAAGUGUCCAGAUCGAUGAUCCAGGCCCGUCUACUGGGAGCAGCCUGCAUUCUGUCCCAGCUGCAGAUAUUGAAGAGUCACUGGCUAACUUGCAAGGUGAGCAUGCAGGUAAACGCGGGCCCGCGCAGCAGAGGUUGGAAAAGAUGAGUGAUAGAGAAGGUGAGAUUUCAUCCGAACAACUUAAGGGCACUUUGAUGAUUAAGGACGAGCUUGGAGGCAAGAAUUCUGUAAGACAAUACAACGAUUCUGCACGCAAGAAGGAUCACAGAUCAGAGUUCUCUAGAGGACUGCAAGUACCCAACCACCGAAUGAGGAACCGUUUCAAAGGGAUAGAAUGCCGUAGUGACAUAGAGAGACUCAGCCCAUAUUUCCUUUCAAUUUAUGAAUCUCUGAUACCACCAGAGGAAGAGAAGGCAAAGCAGAAGCAACUGCUAGCAUCAUUAGAAAAACUGGUCAACAAAGAAUGGCCCAGUGCUCAGUUGUAUCUUUAUGGAUCUUGUGCUAAUUCAUUUGGAGUUUCCAAUAGUGACAUUGAUGUUUGCCUUGCAAUAGAUGAUGAUGAUAUUAGCAAGCCUGAUAUUUUGUUGAAAUUGGCAGAUAUAUUGCAGUCAGAUAAUCUCCAGAAUGUGCAGGCAUUAACACGUGCGAGGGUGCCUAUAGUGAAACUUAUGGAUCCAAUUACUGAAAUUUCCUGUGACAUAUGCAUAAAUAAUGUUUUGGCUGUCGUUAAUACGAAGCUCCUUCGAGACUAUGCACAAAUAGAUGCAAGAUUGCAACAACUGGCUUUUAUUGUGAAGCACUGGGCUAAGUCACGAGGUGUCAAUGAGACAUACCGCGGAACCCUAUCUAGUUAUGCGUAUGUGCUAAUGUGCAUUCACUUCUUACAGCUGCGCAAGCCUGCCAUUCUUCCUUGCUUACAGGAAAUGAAAGCUACUUAUGUAGUAACUGUAGAUGAUAUUGAGUGUGCUUACUUUGAUCAAGUUGAGGAUCUCCGUGACUUUGGGGCACAAAACAGGGAAAGUAUUGCUCGGUUGCUGUGGGCAUUCUUUGAUUAUUGGGCUUAUCGCCAUGAUUAUGCAAAUGCCGUCAUAUCUGUUCGAACCGGGAGUAUUAUUAGCAAGCGUGCGAAGGAAUGGACAACAAGAGUUGGGAAUGACCGCCAUUUGAUAUGCAUAGAAGACCCCUUUGAGAUCAACCAUGAUUUGGGCCGUGUUGUUGACAAGCACAGUAUAAAAACUCUCAGGGUGGAAUUUGAACGGGCUGCCAAUAUACUGCAAUAUGAUCCAAACCCUAACGUCACGCUCUUUGAGCUGUACGUUCCUGACUGAUUUGGGGUGGGGUUUAGCUGUAAUUAUGGCCACCCAGCUUGUAAAGCUUUUCUCUCAUUUCUGUCCAUAGAUAUGUAUUUAUGGUGUGAGGCUUUUCUAGUAAUUAUCCCUGUAAAGGAAGUCUUCAAUAAUUUUGUGCAACUGCAGUAGCCUUCUCUACUGUGUGAGAACUAAUGUUUGAGGUCAUUUUCGAAUUCA